GCUAAGUAUGCCAACUUGAGCUAAACAUGUCAUAGUGAUAGCUUCCAACUUUCAAGGAUUAAUGUUCACGGAUUUAUUGAAGGAAUGGCUCCUUGGCAUCCACCACCACCAAAGCAUAGGCGUAUUUAACCUUCGAUCUUGGAGCCUAGUAAUGUAUGGUAUAUAUAAGUUAGAUAAUGGAGGACAUGUUCGACAUUACUCUCGGUCUCCACUUCAGCCUCGUGGAAGAAGCCGUUCGAAACAUGACAAGCAGGGAUUAACAGAUCAAGGGGCGUCGGCCAAGAAGGCGCUGGAGAACGAAUUCCGAAAGGCUACAGAUUGUAUGGAGUUUUGCCGGCAGCAAACCAACCCUAUGGAUGAAAUUGGGGUUGAAGACACAAAGUUGGUGGAUGAGGAUCUUUAUGAUCCAAUUGAUGAAGAUGGAAAGCUUGAAGUUAUGAUUUAUGCUACAGGUGUGGAUGGGGAGGAUACGCAUAUACACGAUGGGAUCAUCCCACUGUCAUGCACUUCAGAUGUUCCAGAUAAUGCUCCUUUGUUUCACGUGCUUGCAGCGUGGAGUUCAUCGCUGAAUUACAAAGGCAGAAUACCACCCUUUCUAAUAACACUCGGUCUGAUAUGGUUAAGACCAAUGUGGAAUCUCAGAGACCCAUGUUGGGAACUUCUUUCUAACCAACCCGUGACAGGCAAGGAGGUGCAGCCAGCAAUGCUAACAGAAAUAUUCAUUUGGCAGAGGGAUGCUUGGACUAAGCCUGAUCACAUACAAGUUUCGGUGGUAGAGAAUUUCAAAGACUACGCACAUGAAGGUGGGGCGGUUAAUCCCAUUUUGGAGAACGUACAACAAAAUAUGAAAAAGCAUAAUAAUGCUAUUGUGGGCAAAUUGAUCGGAAGAAACUUUACUUAUUCAGUUCUUAAUAUUGAGCUCAGCUGGAAGUGGGCACAAUUUGGUUUUUUGAAAUUUGUUGCUCUCUCUAAUGAAUGUUUCUGA